CACGCUUUUAGCCCGAGAGAUCCUUCUCUUCCCUUAUCCCUUGCAUUACAAUCCAUCCCACGCGAUAGUCCAAAGGAUACAAAUACCAAUCCAACCCCAGUCCACACACGCACACUUCCCACCCUACCCAAAACCCCCCCUCGACACAAUACGAUGUUUAGACAAGCCUCGAGGACCUUUUCCACAAACGCUCGCAUGCCCUCGAGCUACUUCAUGCAGACUCCCCGCCGAAUCGUCAUGAGAUGGAUCCCGCCGACAGUCGCUGUCGUCGCCGUCGGCUACGGAUUGAACGUUUACCGGGAGGGCAUGGUCCAACGUCGCCUCGCCAGGACCGCCGCCGCCGAGAAGCAGGCCAUCGAAGACCGCAAGAGGGCGACUAUGCUGAUGGACGCAUACGGUGACCGGUCGAGCCUCGAGGCGCUUGAGAAGGCGAUGGAGGUCUACGAGUCGCAGAACCAGGCGUGACCUGCCUGACCAAAGCAUUCUUUUCCCCUUAUCGACAUCAUCAUCACCAUCAUCCACACCACAACACAAACAAACGUGGGAGAGUGGACGACAAACAAAGCAUUCGGCAGACGGCGUUUUACGGACCAUUUACGGAAUUAUCAUUAGCCAGGCAGGGAUCUGUUUAGGAAACGUACAGGGGGGGACACUUUAUGGGCGCUGAAGCUGUACGAAAUCGACAGCUCGCAUUUUCAAAGGGACGGAACCACGGCGUCAGGUAGCGGCCACGAUGAUUGAUAUCUGGCACGCAUCAACAAAUAUCAUGGACAACGGUGUAUAUACUACUAGCAACCCUGAGUACAUAUCGAAUACUCUCCGAGGCUCACAAACACAAAAUACCACAUUAUUCUUUUU